AUGGGCUGCUGCUGCAGCUCGGACUACGACGAGGACUGGAUCGAGAACAUUGACAUCUGUGAGCACUGCAACUACCCCAUCGAGCCCGACAGCAAGCGCCAGAGGCCGAUCUGCAACGGCUCCGAGGUCCGAGACCCCCUGGUGUCCUACGAGUCCUCGUCACCUCCGUGCUCCCCCAUGCAAGACAAGCUGGUGGUGGCCCUGUACAACUACGAGCCCAAGCACGACGGGGACCUGGGGCUGCGCAAGGGGGAGAAGCUGCGAGUGCUGGAAGAGAAUGGGGAGUGGUGGAAGGCGCAGUCGCUCACCACGGGCCAGGAGGGGCUGAUCCCACACAACUUCGUGGCCUUGGUGAACAGCUUGGAGCCCGAGCCGUGGUUCUUCAAGAACCUCAGCCGCAAGGAUGCCGAGCGGCAGCUCCUGGCCUCGGGCAACACCCACGGCUCCUUCCUCAUCCGCGAGAGCGAGACCUCCAAAGGCUCGUACUCGCUGUCCGUGCGGGACCUGGACGAGAGCCAGGGAGAGACGGUGAAGCACUACAAGAUCCGGAACCUGGACAAUGGCGGCUUCUACAUCUCCCCCCGGGCCCCCUUCGGCAGCCUCAGGGAGCUGGUGCAGCACUACACACGCAACUCCGACGGGCUCUGCUGCCGCCUGGGCAAGCCCUGCCGGACGCAGAGGCCGCAGAAGCCGUGGUGGCAGGACGAGUGGGAGGUGCCGCGAGAGUCGCUGAAGCUGGUGGAGAAGCUGGGAGCGGGGCAGUUCGGAGAGGUCUGGAUGGGUUUCUACAACGGGCACACGAAGGUGGCAGUGAAGAGCCUCAAGGCUGGCAGCAUGUCACCCAGCGCCUUCCUGGCCGAGGCCAACCUGAUGAAGAAGCUGCAGCACCCGCGGCUGGUGAGGCUCUACGCCGUGGUCACCAAGGAGCCCAUCUACAUCAUCACCGAGUUCAUGGAGAAGGGCAGCCUCUUGGAUUUCCUCAAGACCCCGGAAGGAACCAAGCUGAGCAUCAACAAACUCCUGGACAUGGCAGCUCAGAUUGCUGAAGGCAUGGCUUUCAUCGAGGCCAAGAAUUACAUCCACAGGGACCUGAGGGCCGCCAACAUCCUGGUCUCGGACACACUGUGCUGCAAAAUCGCCGAUUUUGGGCUGGCCCGGCUCAUCGAGGACAACGAGUACACGGCUCGGGAGGGAGCCAAAUUCCCGAUUAAGUGGACGGCGCCCGAGGCCAUCAACUACGGCACGUUCACCAUCAAGUCGGACGUGUGGUCCUUCGGCAUCCUGCUCACCGAGAUCAUCACCUACGGCCGCAUCCCGUACCCAGGCAUGACGAACCCCGAGGUGAUCCAGAACCUGGAGCGGGGUUACCGCAUGCCGCAGCCCGAGCAGUGCCCGCCGGAGCUGUACGAGCUGAUGAGGCAGUGCUGGAAGGAGAGCCCCGAGGAGCGCCCCACCUUCGACUUCCUCAGGAGUGUCCUCGAGGACUUCUUCACCGCCACCGAGGGCCAGUACCAGCAGCAGCCCUGAGCCUUCGGGGUCCCCACAGGCCCCAUGGACACCGCCCCGGCCUGGGGGUGAACUCUGGGAACAUUUGCAGCGCUCCAGAGCUUGGGAGCAGCAGAUUUGACUCCUGCAGGAGGGGAUGAG